AUGACUAAUAUCAAUAACAAUAUUAAUACUGUUACACCUCCCUCUCCAAAUAGCAGUGAAAGCAGCUCUGUUAAUAAAUUAAAGGAUAGAAGAGUCACCUCAUUAUUGCCAUUAAUUUAUACGGAAUUAAACAAUUGUAAAAAAGAAAUAAAAUUAUUACAGGAUAAUAUUGAAAGACUAAAUGAUUUAGUUAACACAGUUUAUAAAUUAGAUACAGAUAAUGAAGUAAAAAGUGUACAAACCCUUCAUGCGGCUAAUAAUAAAGUAACCAAGAAAAAACAAGCUAAGAAACUUGUUCAAUCCCAAGAUGUUAAACCGGAUAUAGCCCCACGAACAUCGAUUACACCUCACCAGCCUGACUCCAAUACUAUAUCAAUAAAUAGCUUAUUAAUGAAGACUAACGGAUUGCUUUCCAACGAUGAAACUUUAAAAUCAGUCAAAGAACCGCCAUUCAAAAUUGAUUACGAUGCUGAUUCUCAUACUACUUCUGAUGCUAAUAAUAAUGCUCUACAAGAUACAUUGGAAUUCAACUAUCCUAAAGAUUUAAAAAGCAUUCGUAAAAUAUAUGAGUUUCAAACAACAAGAGUUAUAUCGUCAGUAAAAUGCCCUAUUGAGUUGGAGAAGGAGUUUGGAGCUAAAUGGAGGGGUGGUGCUACAUCUAAGAAGUUUUAUAGAUACCAAAACGUAGUCAAAUUAGUAGAAAAUGCAGUUCGCAAUGGUUAUGAUAAGAAUGAAUCUAUUGAUGAGUUAGAUGAAAUGUUAUCCAACAGGGUCUUGUCAUUGUAUAGGUUAAUGGAUAAAUUGGACAACAACAAAUUACCAAAAAAAUAUUUAACUACAACUGGUUAA